AUGGAGACGAGUCCCAUCCCGGUGGUGACGGUCCAAACCGCCCCAUUCGAUGACCAGCGGCCCGGUACCAACGGACUGCGGAGGAAGACUGCGGUUUUCGAGGGGAAGAAGAACUACCUGCAGAACUACAUCCAGAGCGUGCUGUCCUCCAUCGACCUGCGGGACAGGCAGGGCUGCACCAUGGUGGUGGGCAGCGAUGGGCGCUACUUCAGCCGGACAGCAACCGAAGUGAUCGUUCAGAUGGCAGCUGCUAAUGGGGUAAGAGGAGAAGAGGGCAAGACUGUCAUACAUGUGUUUCUCUAGAUCAACACACUUUUGACAUCACAUUUCCAUUUUUCCCAAUGACUUUUUUCCCCACUGAAUAUUUUAAGAUAAGUAAACUGUUUCACCGAGGUCAAUGUGGCAAAUUUGGGUUCACAUACUAGUGAAGGGACUAUGUAAAAUCACCUUCAUUGGGAGUUAUGAUGACAUUUUGAUAUAUUUGAGCUAUAAGAUGAAUUGGAAAACUACAAAGAAAGUUUUUAUCAAGCAAAAUUAGGUCUUUACUUGACUUUUUUUCUCCUUUUUAUCUAUUUUCAAUGGGAAUAACAUUUCAUUGAAGCACUGACAAAUAAAACCUUAAUUAAGUCUUCUGUAAAAUGUGGCAAUACUUUCUGCAAAUGGUGAUAAGGUAGAUCCCCAAAUGACUCAGUCAGCCAACCCAGAUAUACAUAAGUUCUCAACUGUUUACUUGAGAACUUGGGGGAAUAUAUUAAAAUGAUGAGUUUAUAGGUAUUGCAUCACAUAGUUUUUCCAUAUUUUAUAACAUGAGAAUACUGGCGCUUAUCAAACUUGUUAAAAUAACUCCUCAUUCAGACUAAAACUAAAACGAGGGAGUCACAGAUUACAAGGAAAACAUAAUGAGACACAGUAACCAAUGCAGGCUUGUCAUCCUCAUAAGUGUGUCUGAACUCCAAGUGUCUGCAUUGAUAAUGAAAGUUUGAAGAUAGAGAGAUGGGCAGAGGGGAGGAAAACCCCUACAGCUUGUUUUGAAAUGCUUGCUCUGAGAUCUCUGUGAUUGGUUUGGAUGGGCUCCAAAGGAAAGUCUAAAGGGAAUAUAAUUUGUUUUGAAGAUCAGUCCAUUUUUUUUUCUGCUGGCCCAGCCAAAUGUCUCUUGAUGCCGGCCUUAUCAGCACUUCCAUCCAUCCUGCUUUAUUUUCCUGCCUACGUAUGUUCCCCCCUGUCCCUCUCUCUAUUGAAGAUUCAACUGUACCAAGCCAAACUUUCUGCUUUAAAGAUACCCUCUCUUACCCAAACACAACAAGAAAAAAAAAACAGACUUAUACACACUUUUUAUCCUCAUUGGUCCUUUUCAUGCACACUCACACCAUGCUGGAUGUUAGGAGGAUACACUGACGUCAGAUGAGCACAUUCCUCUCCUGUGAGGACACUUGUAUUUAGAAUAGCUGAUAUGCAGGGGAAUUAUGGGAUGUUGGUGGUAUUACCACUUUAAAAGUAGCAUACAGAUUAUAAAUAGAGGGUGCAGCUCUGUUAUUUAGGCUCCCUCUUGGGGCAGAUCAUUUGCUUUUUAAAGCAGGUUGUCAGUUAGUCACCUGCAGAAUGAUGACAGGCUCUGGGCCAAUGUUUCUGUCACUUACAGUUAGAGUGAUCGCCCCCUGAAGAAAAAAAAAUCAGGUCUGUUUUAAUGUUUGGGCAACAGCCAGACAAAGAAAUAUUGUCAUUUUUUCAGCAUGUUUUCCCCAUAGAUGGUCAUUAUCCCACAGAAAGGGUUUGAGAAACAUUCAGUACAACAAAAGAAAAAAAUAGACCUCCAACUUUUAGAUUAUUAAAACUUUCCAAAAGGUCUUAAGAACAGGCAACAACUGGGUUUGGUGUAUCUAGCAUUUUUCCACUCUUCUGUUUUUGCUGUUCAGAUCGGUCGUCUGGUGAUCGGCCACAAUGGCCUCCUGUCCACCCCUGCAGUUUCCUGCAUCAUCAGGAAGAUCAAGGCCAUUGGUGGGAUCAUCCUGACAGCCAGUCACAACCCUGGAGGUCCUGGUGGAGACUUUGGGAUCAAGUUCAAUGUGGCAAAUGGAGGUGAGGGUUGGGAGAAAGGGGGCUUGUUUCUGAUUCUACAGAGGAUGUUUUAAGAAACCAUGACAGAUACUUUAAACCAUCUCUUUAUUGUCAGAGAUAUUUCUUUAAAACACAAAAGUAAAGCCUGUUUGAAGAUGAACAUGUUUAUUCACACUUUCCUGUCAUAUACUAGGUCCAUCACCAGACACAGUGAUGGAGAGGAUCCACCAGGUGAGCAGGACGCUUGAGGAGUACGCCAUCUGCCCUGAUCUCCGUAUUGAUCUGUCCAGACUGGGACGACAAGAGUUUGACCUGGAGAACAAGUUCAAACCAUUCAGGGGUACAAUUCAACCUCUACUUAUUCACUCACUCGUCACUCAAACUGACUAAAACCAUGUAUGAGUCCUUUUUGGUUUUUGAGGUUCCGUAUAUGGCUGUCCUUUUGAAUGAACAUUUUCUUCGGUAAACAACUGCACUGCUAUCAAUUGCUACCACCUUUUUUUUUUAAUUCUAGUGGAGAUUGUCGACUCAGUCGAAGUGUAUCUACAAAUGCUGCGAAACAUCUUUGACUUCAGUGCCAUCAAAAGUCUGCUCACAGGACCAGAUCAGCUCAAGAUCCACAUAGACGCCAUGAAUGGAGGUGAGAUGAUUCAUCAUGCUCUGUAUAUAUCUGCUGAGCUGUUGCAAAACGUCAUUAGCUCGUGUUGCGCCUCUUUGACUCUCACCAUUUUAUCCCUCUUCAUACUGGUGGUAGUAAUGGGACCCUACGUACGUCGGAUCCUGUGUGAUGAGUUGGGAGCUCCUGCUAACUCUGCUGUCAACUGUGUCCCUCUGGAGGACUUUGGGGGUCAACCUCCGGAGCCCAACCUGACCUACGCCACAUCUCUGGUGGAUGCCAUGAAAGGAGGGGACUUUGGCUUCGGAGCUGCGUUUGAUGCAGAUGGGGUAAGGCAUCACAAUUCCAAUAGUACUCCUCUUUGCUUUUACACAUUAAUCUGAGAUUAUAAUGUCAGAUGAUGAUUUGAAGCUAUUGGUCCACCUUUCAGUUUAUUGGGAGACUUCUUGAUAGUUAAACUUUCAAACUCCAUAAAUGAGAGACAUUAUGGGAAAUGUUAGUGCAAUGAAAGAACCUGGCUUUGUAGAGGUAAAACUGUACAUUUACUUUUUGCUCUGGUGACAUUUGAGGCACAACGAAGGCAGCAAACCACUGAAACAUGACACAUGCGGGAUAAAACGUUUUUGUUGAAGGGAUUUAUCUCAUCGUGACAUAUUUUGAUACUUUCUCAAAACUUUUGCAGUAUGUUUUUUGGUCUUAUCGAUCAGUUUAGGAAGUUUGUUUCCAGUUUUUACAAGAUUAAUAAUGUAAAAUGUUAAUCUUUUUUACGUUAUGGUUACCUUUAAAAUACACAAUCCAUUCAUCUAUCCAUUCAAAACCUCUUCACUUUUUACAUUCAUCCGAGUUUGACUUCACCAGCAGACAACAGAAAGAAAUGUAUUAAAUCUGUAUUUGUUUUUGUUUGCUCAUUGAUAACAAAGAAGGCAAAUGGCAGCCGAAUAAUAUUUAUCCAUGACAGUCGUCACUUUUUCCAAAAAGUCAUCCAAUAGUAAUCACAUCUACACACAGAAACGCGUGCACACGCACAGCCCAUUGUAAAGUAAAUCAACUUAGCAGCAGCGUUAUGUCAUAUUUCCUCUGACUGUCCCUCCAGGAUCAGUAUCUUCUCAGUCAUUAGCAGCAGUGCUUGUAAUUACAUCAGAUUUAUGUGACUUUGUUGGAGUUGCUGUUACAUAAUACUUUGACCAUUAGCUUUAAACUCUUAACAUUAAUUGUGUUUAUUGGCACAAAAGUUGCUUAGUCUCGUCUUAUCUCUGGCUGGAUUUAUUCUCCACAGUAAACUCAACUUGACUAAGUAUGACCCCAAUGGCUCGAUUCUUCAACAGCAAGUCAUGCUGCCAAAGAGUACAAACAAAAAAUGGUGUGUUGUGUCUUCAUGUUUCUUUUAUCAUAUUGACACCUUUCAGAUUUGUCUUAUAAUCUCUUGGGGGCUCUGACUUCAACGUUAGGGCCCUGUGGUUUUCUGUGCAAAGCUCCAAGCCAAUUGAAGUCCUCUCACGAUUUACAGUAUAAACCAGUCACAAUGAUAGUGUUUCAUUUUAGAGCAGCAGUGUACUUGGAGAUAGAAGACCACCACAAAGGCCAAAAGUUUAGUUUUCCUAAUAUGGAGUUAAUCUGAUUAUAUUUAGCAGAUCUGGUAUCAUUGUUUGUUCCUGUUUGGUCUGAGAUUUAGUGGGUUUUUCUUUCCCCAGACUAAUUUUCCAUAAUUCCUCGGACCAAAUACAAACAAAUACAAUUGCGGUACCAAAAAAACAUGACCUCACUGGUGGUGGUAAAGAGUCACAAGGCUUGUAACUGUCCACUAAAUAACCACUAAAAUGGUGCAUUGGUUGGGACUAUUUUCUGCUGUGGAUGAAUACACAUUUGUUGAACUGGAAGUACAAGUUGUAAUUUUUAUUUAAAGCUGCAUGUCACUCUGUGCAGUAGUGUUGCUUACUGAUUUUCUUAAAAAAAAAGUUGUUUUGCAAAAAAAAUGAAUUGAUUUUAAAAGAACGAUUUACAGCACAAUUACAGCAUCAACUCAUUUUUGGGGUUUUUGAGGCAUUUUGUUUAUUGCCUCAGUCACCACCCUGAUACUGUACUUUAAGUCCCACUCUGAUAGUUUUUUUUCCUACUUUAAGUGUUCUCAGUGGUCUUUAAAUUGUGAUUAUAAAGUUUUCAGCCAAAAUCACAUCACCUGUGUCAUUUUCAAGAGCUUUUCUUCUGCAGAGCUACAGUAGAUCAUUGGCAAUUGGCCAACACUUCUCUUCAUGCUAGCUUGCAGCUUAACAUUGCCAGUGUAGCAGAAGUGGCAGGUAACAAAGGAGCUAUUCAGCUCUCGGACAUUAAUGUCUUUAUGGAGCUAAUUAGCUAAGCUAAUAUCAUAAUUCAUUUUCUUAUGAGCAUUGCAAUCCGCUAACGCACACGCUUGUUCCGCGAUCGUCCUCUCUAUUUCUCUGAGACUGGCCUGCAUAGCGGGGCUCUGGGGGCGGAGCUUGGAUUUGCUACGUAUGAAAUCUCACUGUGUCUGAACCUGCCAUCUGGGUCUGCCAGGGAAAUACUCAGAAAUGCAAUUUUGCACUUAGUUUUCUCACGAUUUGUCCUGUAGCAUCAAAAAAAUGCUAUAUGAACAUGUAGACAACAAGAAAAUAAGAUUUUCAUCAGAGUGGGUCUCUAAGUAUCACUUAUAAUGCAGAAGACUUCAUUACAAGUGUUACAAACUUAUUAAGGAUGAGAAAUGUGCAAGGUCUUGGCAAGUAGACCCCAUUAUGAUUUCUUCCUGUGCUCGGAAGCCAAUUGAGCAGGACAGGACAUCCCUCGAUGGAGUGUUGGCUUUGUAGGUGAAGGAAAAGGGAAAAUGAGCUGAGGAGCUGGGCUUUAGCUUUGAUGAGUUGAAUCAGAGGUGAACUGGGUGGAGUAGUGGUCAAAGACGAGAGAGGGGACAGAUUUGAAAAUUGACAGCAGCAGGAUGAUUAGAUGAAACAUAGAGGGACAGUGGAAGUGACAUGACUGAAUAAGUAUGAAACAGUCUUCCUGCUUGAACCUACUUUCUAAAUCAAACUAUGUUUUGCAGGACCGCUACAUGAUCCUUGGUGAAACUGCCUUCUUUGUGAACCCCUCAGACUCAGUGGCCAUCAUGGCUGCCAACCUCUCCUCCAUCCCCUACUUCAGACAAAUGGGGGUGAGGGGCUUUGCCAGGAGUAUGGCUACCAGCACUGCUAUUGACAGGUAAAACACACACUCCCACAUUUUGACUAUUAUACCCUCGUACAAACUCUCAGCUGCCACUCAAGACUUACCCACUACUAAUAAGACUGUUGGACAACAAACACACACAAGCCCCCCCUCUCAACUACACACAUUUACUCAUGUCCUAUAAAUAUUGUCAGUUAUGUAAGACAAGGGCCAAGCAGAGGGUGCUGAGUGAAAGGAUGUGAUCCAGGCUAAAGACAUCCCUGUGAGCACUGUUCCAGGAGCUGCAAUUCAAGCACUGGAGAGUGAGCUCAAUGGAAAUGUGUCUCAUAAUACUAUAAAGAAACUAGAGAAGAUCAACAGAGGUUAGCCUGGCAAUAUAUGUUUAAUAUAAACUGUAUAGAUAUGUAUGAUCUAACACAAGUAUAGUCUUGAGAAAGUCCAGAUCCAGUGGUCUGUAGGUCUUGAACGUAGUUGGAAACUGACUGAAGGAGGUUGUUUAACUGAAAUGACCUGGCUGGUAUGUGAAGACAUUUUGUUAGUGUCUUGAAAAGGAGAAAAAGGAAUGGUGAUGAAAGUACUUGUCAGAGUUGUUGGUCUUUUUGUGUGUAUUCAACUUUUGAGAUUACUGUUAUCUGCUGUGGUAAUCUCAAAAGUCAGCAUUUGUCAGUGCUGCAUUGGUAUACACAUGUAUCAAUGCACAUUUAUGUUUGGAACAACCUGUGUGCAUUACAUAAUGUCGGUACAUCUAUUUCCAUGAUCAGAGUAUGGAGGGCAUAAGGUGAAAAGGACUCUAAGGUCUCUACAUCUAAAAAAAACAUGCUAUUUUAGUUUUAUUUUUGGAGUUUUUGGACUUUGUUGAGAGGGGACAGGACAGAAGAGUGAGCAGGAAAUGGGGGAGAGAGCUGGGAGUGACACGCAGUAAAGAGGCCAAAGGGCGGAAAUGAACCUGAGGCCAUCGACAGAGUGUCAGAGUGUCCAAUCUCUGUGCAGAUACUGAGGUGUUUGUGAGUGAUAGUGUGUGUGUGUGUGUGCGUGCGUGCGUGCGUGCGUGUGUCCAUCAAAGAAUUCUGUGAUGUAACUCUUCACAUAUCUGAUCAUAACUUUUCCUUUAUAACUGUGAAACCCACAGAGAUCAGGAUUGGCAGUGAGGUCAUUUCCUCAGUGCCUGCCAGUGCUAACACACGCACACACACAUGCGUCCGCGCACACAGUCACGCACUUAUCAUUCGGACACUGCUCUCUUCCUUGCCCCAGGCUGUGUCUGAUGAUGCUGACCAGUAAUAAUCACCCUGAAACAGCUGUUUGAAGGUUUUUCUCAAACUAUUGGUCAUGCCAUCGUUGUGUCACACACACACACUCGCACUGACUUUGUCCUGAGACACAAAUGCCACAUGUUUUACUAUGACCCGAAGCUUUGCACCUUCCUUACAGCUCUCACACACUCUCUGUCUGAUUCCCAUCAUGUUCCAGCUUUGCACGGCUGAAAGUAUAAAUUAAAUAUCCUGGAAACUCUAACUUGGUUGUGCAAUCUCCUGAGAAGUAUGAUGUCUGUUAUUGAUAAUUAUAGAUUAAAUCAUGCUCCAGGCUUUAUCAAGAGCUACACAUGUUCAACUUUUCCUCUGCUGAUUACAUUUUCACAGAGAAAUGUGGCCUUACUGCAGACAAAGCACACACACACACCUUCUCUACAGGCUGUUGGUACACUUUAGGACAAAAUUACUUUAUCGAUUUAAAGCUUCACAAACUUAAUAUACCGCCUUUGUGCAACAGCGCCACUUCUGGUUGUGUAAUGUUCUUAUCUACAUGUGGGAAGUGUUGGCGUAAUUUGUAGUGGGGUGUUGGACCUUGGAGAUGGAUCAAGUGUGAGCCUUUUUUGGAGAGUGUGUGGACUGUGUGUGUGUGUGUGUUCCAAGUGUUUAUACUGAGCAAACUCACGGCUGUGUGUUUAUGCACAGUGAGACAAACUGUGUUAUUAAAGCCUUGAUAAAUGUGACGGUGUACAUAUAAGAUGAUAAACUGUGCGUAGUUGUUUGUGUCCAGAGGGUAGAAGGAAGAGAAAAGAGACAGCUCUGGUGUUUAGAUGGAAAGAGGAUGUUUUGCGGUGCAGGAAACUGAUUUGGGAUCAGAUGGACCAAAGUGAGGGGUGUUAAAUCUGUUAUUCCUGGGCACAGACUUAUGAGUUGUGCGCAUCAGCUUCUUAGUGCACAUACUGUAGCUUGUCUGGGGAGAGAGGGAGGGGCCAGAGGAAGAGAAAGUGGGAGGGAAAUUUUGGAAAAGGAAACAUCUGCCUGUUCUGUAACCAUUUCUGAGAUGGGAGGAUGUAGGUUGAAAUGUGGACUGAGCUCUUGGCACGGCUGUUAUCAGGAUGUAGUUCUUGUUCUUGGAUUAAGAAGUUGAUUGGAAAUAAAGCGGAAGGUGAAAGUGUUAAACGAAUUGUUUUCAGGCUAACUAUUUUCCCCUGUGUGAUUGUUUUAAGGGACUGUUGUGCUGGUUACCAGGAUGACCAUGGCAAUUAGAUGUAUUUCCUCUCACAACUGCCAAUGCUAAUACUUUGAGCAAAACAUUUGGGCUGGGACGAUAUGCUUUUCUCCCAAUUCGAUUCUUCUACGAUAUUUUGGAUGCCGAUUCCAUUUAAAUUGUGAUUCUACUAUAUUGUCCAUUUUCUCGAUUUUUAACACCAGUGAAACAACUGAAUGAUUAUGAUUGUCUACUGACUAUUCCAGGAACCAUAUUUCCCCAAAAUACAUAUCACAUGUCGGUCAGUUUCUAAGAUUUAUUCUUAAAUUUGAAAAAAAUAAAAAUAAUAAUUUUUUUACAAAAAAAUUGAUUUAAAAAUUAUAAAACAAAAAAAAAAAAUCGCAAUACUUAUGUGAAUCGAUUUUUUUUCUCCCACUCCUACAAAACAUGGCCCUCUAGUAUUGUGAUGUUUGUAUAAUUUUGCCAUGAUGUUUCAGUGGAAUGAGAAAGUUGAGUGAAACACAGAGAAGACUACCUGCUCUCUCUUGACUGUUUUUGUCUUUAUGGUUUUUAAACCACAGAUUUGCAGAUUUCCUUUAGAUAACUGCAGAUGGACUACACAGACUCCAGGGUUUGGAUCCUCUGGAAUGGACUUAAUGGCACCCACCUGUUUGAACUAAACAUCAGACCAGUUUUGGUUAAAGACUAGACUUGUACUUUCAUGUUAAUUCUUUCACAUUAAGGUUGUUAACAUGUGUAAAGGUUGUCUCAUACUCCAAUAUUUUGUUAGGAAGCAUGAUGCUGGAGGGAGCCAAGUUAAAUAUUGACACAAAGCACACUUUACCUCUGAAAUAAUUUCAUUUCUUAAUAAAUAGAUUCUGACAUGGCUUUAAAUAGACCAGAAAAUUUCUCAAAACAAUGUCAGAGAGCUGAUUGAAUACUGAUUCCUCUUACAUCUAUGACCAUUUAAAGAAAUAAUUUUGACUGUAAACAAACUUAUCAAAUUUCAUAUAUUCCAGUUUGGUCCUCUCUCAUUUUGUCCAGUAAAGGUUCUUGGUUUGGGUGAAAAGUAACCCCCGUUUUAAAGCCAAGUUAAGCUCCAGCAUGCUGUACUUUUUGUCUUAAUGCCAGUGUAAAGCUUCUAAGUCCAGGUUGAGCUCUCGUCAGGGGGGGAGGUGAGGAGAGAGGCCACUGGAAUCUAUGUUUGGUCAAAUAUCAAUCCAAGGCCAAAAGCUGGCAAUAUUUCACUGCAGAGGGUCUUCAUUUCUUACAGUAAUGGUGAGUAUUUACCGAUCUGUAAGAGAGACAGGCAAAUACAGAGACAUGGAGGAAACAGAGGAGAUAUUGUGAGUGUAUUUAUGUGCAUUUGUCUGUAAAGUGGUUAUUUGUAAUCCUGUAUUUAAAAGUUUGAGUCACAUCGAAGGAGAUGGUCUAAUAUCUGCAUUAUCUUUACCUCAUGGAGAUAUAGAGAUAUAGAGAUACUGCAUCACCAUAUUAUCUGACCAACGGGACACAAAGUCCUCUUGUUCUCUUGUUUUACACAUAAAUGAACUAUCUUACAGGAUAUAUGGGUAACAGGCAAGAUAAUCUAAGGGAAGAUUUGAAGUGUGAAAUCUAUUCUGUCUGAGCCUUAUCGAUAUGCCACAUUUAGUAUGAAGGAUAUCCCAAGUUGUAUGGAGGAUGGAACAUAUAUAGCAUGAUUUUGGCAUGUCUUAUAGUUGUUGUGCAUACAGCGUGUUUGCUUAAACAGCAUGUAACCUGGGUUGGUGGUGCUAGAUCUGCUAGAGUUAGCCAAACUUGGUAAACCAGUUACCCACAGAGUCUGUGAUCUGGUGAUCAGCUGUUGGUGCCUCUGUACUCCUUUCAUACUGCCAGCAUUUUUCUUCUUGAUGAGGCCUGCUUCUGUUCACUAACACAAAUAUUUCUUUGCUAUUGUAUAUAUUUACAGUACCUCCAUAGUAUGACGUGGCACUUGAGCUACAGAUUAUAUAAUUUAAAAACUUUGGGGUUUUUUUCUUUUUGAGUGAAGACACAUCCUCAGUGCUGAGCAUAUUUGUUGAUUGUGCUUUUUUCCCCUGAUUCUGUUUACUGAAAGGCUACAAAAAGACGUGCUUGUUUCCUUCUGCGUUUUAAUGCUGUUUUUUCAGUUAACACUCAUCUGGUAAAAAUCAUCAUGCUUGGAAAUAUGAUUGUCCUUAUUCACACACAGUUUCUUGUCAACAUUUUUGCAACAGUAUUUGAAGCGGAGCACUUCUAGGGGCAGUUUCAGUGCUUAUAUUGGCCAUAGAUGUGCCAUUAAAGACGUCAAAAGCUUGUCUGAAGGCCAGAGUUUCUGAUUUCUGUGAGGAAUGCCAGGCUUUCCGUUCCAGCUCUUGCUUCCCCAGAGGGGAGUUAAGCUAGUUAGUCUUAUUUGGUAAUUUAUCCCAUCUUCUUGUAAACAACCGUGCUGGGCACUGUGGGGUUUAUUUAUGUGUAUGAUGACUGUGUGGACGUGCAACACCACUUGAACCCAGCCCACAUCCACAUGUAAUACACUGGGAAUUCCCACAGCGGGCUACAGCUCAAGUAUUUCAGAUUUGUACUUUUUUUUCUGUCAGAGCAGCAAAUAUUUGGUAGCUUGGACUGCUUUGUCCUAAAACUUUGAGUUCUUGCAAGUAUGUUAACAUCUAGUGGCUGUGGAUGAUGUUGCUGAGGAGUGAUCUGUGGGAAGAGGACACUGUGUGUACUGUGCAGCAUAUUUCUCUCAAACUUGGUAUCUGUUCAGGCAGACAUGGCUUACUUAUAUUGCAGGUGUAUUUUGUCUUUCUUUGAAAAAAAAAAAGAAACAAAUCUGUGUAAUCAAUACUGGAUUUCACACAAUUAUUGGUUUUCAUUGCUAUACCAAAGUAAUAGUGUUCUGAGGGGGCCUUCGUUGUAUUUAAAAUGCUCAACUGAAGUUUAGUGGCAAAAUCUAUCAACUUUGCACAUCAGUUCAUGAGUUCGUUUGGUAAACCUUAAGUACUUGAAUAUUAAUGAAGAGUUAAUUUAGCACCUAACGAAUAGAUUCUCAUCUUAAUAUCUUUGAUCAGGCCUUCACCAGCUCCUACAGCUAAAUAUUUGUCUCUAGGUUGCACAGCCUCAGUCUCUUGGUGCACAGCACAAGAGACUGGGGCUACUGCGAUGAGCCUCCUUUCAUUUCCUAGGUUAUUAUAGAAACAUCAUAUAUGUAUAUUUUUUAAUUUAUAUAAUUAAUUAUGAUAUAAUUUAAAUGCCUGUGAAAGUACUGCUUUGCAAAACUUGAAAACCAAAUGAACCAAUCCUGUAGUCUUAGUACAUGUACAGUAGUAGAGUGUGUUUUCUUUAAGCCUCGGGUUUGCACAAGUGAUGUCCUUUGUAAAUUGUUUCUCUUCCCCCUGAAGCUGUGUCUGUUUUUGUUAAUUGUCACGUGUAAACCAUAAAGAUUAUGAUUGGUAAUUUACACAAACAGCUUUUCAGUCAGUGUUGUUGGGACAGAGACGGUAGCUGAAGAGAAGCAGAGACUUGGCCAGCCAGUAAAAAUGCUUAAAAGCAACCGUUUUUUUUUUUAACUUCUUGCUGAUUUUUUGUUACUUAGCAUCACAUUGCUUUUUGUUUUUUGAUUGAAUUUCUUUCCCAAAUAUGUCAGGGGUUUUUCAUUUCACAUAAUAAAUUUCCCUUUGGGGAUCAAUAAAGUUCUUGUAUCUGUUAAAUUAAAUGUCUGCUUCCUCUCUCCUGCCUCUACUCUCUUCACUUCACAUCUUGUACUCUCUGCACCAUAAACCCUCGCCAGGAACAUAUGUUUAUUAUUAUGUACAUAUUCUUAAAACAUAUAUUUGCACUCAUAAAAAGACACCCUACUACCUUUCUUGCAAGUGUCUGGCUCGGGUUCAAGCAAACAUCAGCUAAAAGGUUAACUCACUUUAUGCUUGCUGCCUUUGCCUUAUUAAGGUAUUGGAUGAGCUUUGGGCUGAUUAUACUCGUCAUAAAACAUUAGGUUUGCUUCGGUCAGGAGAUUGUUCGCAUUCUUAUUCCAAUGUCAAAACUUUGAAUUGUUGGUGUAAGAUAUGAGUGUAUUUUUUUAAACCUUUUGCUUUUUUGUUUUUCAGGGUUGCAAAAGCCAUGAAACUGGCACUGUACGAGACUCCCACAGGCUGGAGGUACUUUGGGAACCUGAUGGAUUCUGGGCGUUGUUCCCUCUGUGGAGAGGAGAGCUUUGGAACAGGUACAAUAUGUUAUUCUUUAACACACUUGGAACAUACAUACCCAAUGGGGGACUUCACCUAUAACAGAGUGUUUAAGAAUGCAGAAUACAGACCAAUACAGAGAUUGGAUUAAAAAGAUAUCAAGUAAGACAAAUUUUAAGUGAAAUUUGAUGGCUUUUAUCACUUGACUUGUUUGGAAAAUGUGAGUUUGUGGAUGGUAGACUUUCUCAGUGGCAACAGUUGUUGAGGUGUCUGCAAUCAAGACCACCAGUAGAAGCUGCCCUGACCAGCUGCUGCUAACUGUAAAUAUACUGAGACCUUGUUGAACCAAAUCUGUUCUGUCACCCUCACGCCAAAUUAAAAAGAAUGUUUUUCACAUUUAUUGUCUUAUUUAUUUAAGCUUUAAACUUUAAAUUUUAGGUUGUGAAAAAAACUAUACCCAGUAAUAUAUUUUUAUAGAUCUUCGAACAAUGUGCUACCAGGGGCAACAAGCGAAAACAGCUCAGGCAUCCAGAUCAAUAAGGGAGUCACCUAACCUCAACUGUACUCCGUUUUGCCACGAGGCUGCAUUGUUGGCUUUGACACAAUAAUAUCCUUUGGGAACGGGGGCAAACAUUGCAUUUCAUUACAAAAAAUGUUUAUUGAUUUUUGAUUCUUUCACCCAUAUUUUGUUCCUCAUGAUUUGCAGAAGCCCAUUUAUACAUCGGUUUGUUGUUUUUUUGACAGCUCCACUGAAAUAAAUGGGAGAUCGUGUCUUUUAUACAAUGCUAAUACUAUCAAAACACAAAAACUUACAGUAGUUGUAAUCAGACAUUACAUGGAGAAUCAUAUGCGUACACGUGUUGAUGAAACAAGUAAUCCCUUCAGAAGUGACAUUUUUUCUACGAUAAUGGCUUUAUUUUCCUUUCUUCUGAGAGUCUGGAGUUGUAAGCAGUGCAUCCUGACAGCCUGUAGCUGCAGUCAGAGAUGUGUAAUAGAUGUGAGAGCUGUGACCCAGACUGCAUGUGUAAAUAAUCCCCAUUCUUCUGCUAUAAAAGGAGACAGGGGCUCCCUGAAAUGCUGCAACAUGCACACAUGCCUCCACUGUCUUUUUUUUUCGAUGAAUGCAGACACACACAAACGCAUACAUGGUCAGAAAAUGUAAACAAUGUGCGCCCUCCCUCGAAAUCUGCCUCACUACAUCCCCUGUGCACCUCUCUCUUUUUUGAGUGGUUGUGUCUCUCCAUUUCUGUUAAUCUUCUUACAUCUUUUAGCUACUUUUAUUUCAUUUUUCUUUCACUGAUUUUUCCCCUCUCUUGGACUGAUUAUCUUCAUUUUAAACAAUGUCCAACUUUAAGUAGAGACAGAGAUUUAAAAACUCCAUAAAAAAGAGGAAAUUUCACGUGGAGACUAAAAACUUGUGGAUGAAGAGUGUAUUGAGGAAGAGUGGAGAAAUGGAGGAGAGAUGCAGGGAGCACAGAGGACUACGGGAGCUUACUCGUUGUCUAUCCAUGUAAGGCCAAAAGCUCUGAGAGAGCCCAGGGUAGUAAAUCAUUAGAGCUGUACACCACUCCUGCUCCUCACUAACUCUCAGACACACACAGCAUGUACUCUUCGACUUAUUAAUCUUGCCAGUUCUGUCAAACAUAACUUUUCAAACUUUGUAGGUUUUAUUGUUGUUUCUUGAUUAAACUGCUGAGAGAAUGGAGAACGCUGGAGUUGGUUAGUUGAGUGCCUUUCAAAAACUAAAAAAAGCAUCAGGUAAAAAACGUUUAUAGAUGUUUUUUGCUGAUCAUUCUCUUAUCAACAUUUCCUUUGAAGUACUUAAAUCAGUCACCGAACAAACCAUGACAAGGACGGGUAUUAAAAUGACAGUUUUUAGUUAAACUAUGUGGCUCUUCUAUGUAUUAAACUGAUACCUAACCAUUUUUCCCACUCUCUUCACCAAACUCUGCCGUUAAAGCAUCUCCGUAUUCAGUCCUCUAAAAUGUCAAAGUGUCCCCUUAACAGAUACCUUUGCCAUGCAGCUGUUUUCGAGGACAGAUUGAUUGCUCCCCAGUGAUCAAGGGUGUGAACGUCUCUGUUUGUGUGUGUGUUUGUAUUGGGAGCUGGAAACAUUAUUUGUGUGGGGAUAUUGGGUUCAUCUCCAAGCCCGAGCACUUUCCCUGACCUCCUGUCAAAUACAGCAGAGUUAAAUACAGAAGUAUAAUAGCUAGUUUUAAUCUUAAGUUGCUUUUAGGUAAAUAUAAAUCAAGUUUGUUCUGGUAUGGUAUGAUUUAGAUUUGUAAGACAUGACUAAUACUCCACAUACCAUCUUGAUUUCUUGUUGGGAAUCUGUGUGACGGGAAAAGCAGAAGUGUUUGCCAGAAAAAGACAAACAUUAGCUUGCAGAUUCAUCUGGUUCACAGGCUAAUGUCACUCCAGGGUCUUCAGGCAGUUCUGCAAGCAAGAAGUAUUGUGUUAUUUUGCAUGACAACAUAAAUCUCAUAUCUUCUUUUUGGAUGUAGAGCUGAAGUAAGGAUAAAGUUAGAUUAGCUAAGUAUAAAGGAUGUGAAAUGAGAGGAAAUAACUAGCUUGCGGUGUCCAGAGAUUAAAAAAAAUAUAUUUUUACACAGUACAUAUCACAAAACAGCACCUUUAAUGUCCAUAAACUAUCCUGUAAUGGCAUUUUUAUUUUGCUAGUGUUAUUUAGGAAAGAAAAAUUCCUUAUGCCCCUUUGUUUUUCAUCUCCAUGCUAAGCUAUGCUAGCAUACUCACUGCUAUUUACUCAAUCUUCUCAAAGCUCCUGUAAGAGGUUUAAGAGGUUUUUAUUUUUUUAUUUAUUUAUGUUUUGCUGGUUAUAAAACAGACUGAAAUUAAUUAAGUUUAAUGCAUAUUUAUAACCUAUGACAGCAAACAAGACCAUCAGCAGAUAGUUUGACUCUUCAAUCUUGGCAUUUUAAAGGCCCGAAAACAGAGAGAGUCCUGUUUUUUUAGUUACGCCUUUGAACUCCAUAGAAAAGUGUACAUUUAAAUGCCAAAACUUGCAGCAGAAGGUUUUUUUUUGUUUUUUUUUUCCCAAAAGACACCACAUAAGCAUGUAACAAACAAAAUAAGCAAAUACAUCCUCAGCUAUAGUGAAAGCCAAAAUGGGCCCAAACCAAAAGUUCCCAGGAGCUUUAAAUUUAUGGCUGAAUUUUGUUGAGACCACAUAUCUCUCUUGAGAGAAAGUUUAAGAAGUAUACAGUAUGAAGGCUUUUAACUUUUUUUUUUUUUUUUUUUACCUCCCAGGUUCUGACCACAUCCGAGAGAAGGAUGGUCUUUGGUCUGUGUUGAUGUGGUUAUCCAUCAUGGCUGCCAGAAAACAAGGAGUGCAACAGAUCGUCAGAGAACACUGGGCCAAGUUCGGACGAAACUACUUCUGCAGGUAAUUGACUAAAUAAUCUCUCUGGAUAAAUUAAAUCUUAACAAUUAAUAGGGUUUCUUUAGUUUUAGAAGCUUUUUCCAGACUUUCACAUUAUAUCUUGAGUCUAUUUAAAUCUACAAGUUCUCCUAGGAUUGACGUGAUGAUCCUCUUUUCCCAGAAGUCUCAAUCCCUUGGACCCCCUCAAAGCCAAAUAUGUCUCCCAGGCCUUCACCUUCAUCCAUUUCUCUUCCACUGCUCCUCAUUGGUUGUCACUUGUUCUUAUUUUUAACUUCUCCCCUGUGAUAGGCAGAGAUAGUUACAGCAGUAAAUGUUCCCACUGACAGUUGGUGCAGCUUUAUAUGUUCCCAUAGAGAGCUUUCCUAAUCGGAUUCAGUUUUCCCACAGCAUGUAAAUGAAGAGGACAUUCAGCACCAGUCAAAGAUCAGGCCCUAAAGAAGCCUUGAAACUAAAACAUCUGCCAUUAUGAGAGGAAAUCCCAUCAGUCAAAAUCUUGUCUUAAAGCAGCUUUAGACUUAAUUAAGUACACAACUCCUUUUUUAAUUUGCCCAAGAAUUAGUGAUGCACGAUAUGAAAAAUUUCAACCGAUACCGAUAACCGAUAAUUUUCUUCUUCUCAUGGCAGAUACCGAUACCGAUAACCGAUAAAUUCAUAUUUUUACAUUUAUUAUAAUCUUCAUAUAAUCUGCAGUUUGUGCAGGAUGCAGUGAUUGAAAACUGAUAUUUUUGUUGCUCUGGCCUAUCUAGAACAACAAACUAAAGUUUUUGGCUCUUCAAAUGUUUAUUUUUUCCAUGUCAUCACAAAAAUAUGUGGUCAUUAGCUAUAAAUAACAAUAACAGAGCAAAAAGCAGAACUUCGUUUGACCAAAACAGUGCAUCCCCUGAACUGUUCAACAGAACUGUAGACUGUAAAGGAGCUAUUAUGAGACGUUAGGAUUAGCAUGCUGACCGGACUAACAUCUGACGUCCAUAUGUCUGUGGUAAAACUCACGUGUAGUCCGUUCCUGUCGAUCAGGUUGUAAAUGUAAGUGGCGACAAUAUCAUAGAGUGCAGGAAGGGACACAUCCGAGAAGAAGCGGCGGCUUGGGAGAGUGUAACGUGGCUCCAAGUGUGCUAUUAACUUACGAAAACCCGGGUUCUCAACGACGGAAAAAGGCUGGUCGUCGACCGCUAUGAAUUCCAUCACUUUGUCGUUAAUGGCUUUAGCCUUUUCGCUGUCUCUUGAGAAGCUUUUGCAGUUUUCAAACGCCUGCUGAAUGGGGACAUCGAUCCUCCGUAGUGUUGUUGUCUUAGCUUUAGUACCGCUAGCAGCUUCGGCGGCUGUCUCAUAGUCUUUUAAUACCGCUUCGCCGCGAUGGCGACUUUUCAGAUGAGCUAUCAGAUUCGUUGUGUUAAAACUUGACGUCUUCAUUCCGCCUCUCGGAAUCCUCGCUGAACAGGUUUUGCAUAUAGCAGCUGUUGUCAUCUUCUGCCACUGAGAAAAACGACCAUGCUGGUGAAGAAAUUUUAUUAUCAGUCAGGUAGUGACAGGGGUCAGGCUUGGGACCUGCGAGUAAGGCGCGUCGGGCGGCUACUCCGCCUGCAAACGUUACUCGUAAUUUCAUUAAUAUAUCGGAUCUUUCUAUCGGAAAAAUGCACCUAUCGGACCGAUAAAAAAUGACGUAAUUUUCCCCCCCAAAUCGGCCGAUAUUCUAUCGGUCCGAUAAAUAUCGUGCAUCCCUACCAAGAAUUAAUUGGAGUAAAAUUAAACAAGUUAAUUGUAUAUGUGUUUAUAUGUCUUUGUGUAUUGCUGAUUGUCAGAUUUGACUACGAAGGCCUGGAUCCACGUGCAGCUUUUUACUUGAUGAGGGAUCUGGAGGCAGUCAUUUCAGACAAAGCGUUCACCAGCCAGAAGUUCGCCGUAGGAGAUCACUUAUACAGCGUGGAGAGGGCCGACAACUUUGAGUACAUCGACCCUGUGGAUGGAUCAGUAGCUCGAAAUCAGGUCAGUCAUGGUCAAGUGAGGGAGUUCAUGUAUGUUUUUUUUUUUUGUUCUGUUCAUUUGGGUUCCUGGCUGUAUUGGUCCGUUGAAGGGGUAUAAAUGAGCUUGGUAAUAUUACUAAAAAUAUCUUGACUAUAGAUUUUGAGAUUGUCAAAGGUGGUACCUACCCCUUUAGAGUGGUUACAGACAGGGCUGGACUGGAGCAAUCAUUCAGGUUAGAAAAUACUGGCAAAAGCAUCCAAAAGAGCUUCCCUUUGGUUUAUCACUGAUCCACCUGGUGGUGCCAUGCAGGAAAACAUUUCACUGAUAUUUCCACAUUUGGCUGCAUCCUCUGCAAGAGCUUUUUUCCGCCCUGUCUCUCUCUCUGCUUCAGCCUUCCUCUUCUCCUUACCCCCAACACUCUCCAAAUAUUUAUCCGAAUCUUAAUGAAUGAAUUGUUCCUGGAUUUAUACAGGCGGUGAUACUCAGUUACUCUAUCGAUGACAUACAUGCACAUUGAUUCCACUCUAGCUCCUUCAGUAUAAGGGCUCUCUACUGAACAGUCACACAUUUCAAGUGCUUUCAAAAGGAAAUGCAAAAUCACUGACGUUGACUUCGCCAACUUGUCGCUCUGCCUGUCACAGACUGCAUGUGCCUGCCUGUGCCUGCCUGGUCAUAUGUCCUGUGUGCACUUGUUGCAGCUUGCCUUCUGUUGAUGUUUGUUUUGUUUGGCCAGCAAAUACAUUAAAAAUCACAACACAGGAAUCGUUAGUCUUUUCAUAGGCUGCUGAAAACUUUUCACAGGGACUUUAGGACGGUCAUUUUAAAGGGAUAUUCCAGUGUAAAUUUUAUUUAGGGUCAAACACACCGCAACACCGAGUUAGACACCCCCUCGGGAGAUGAAUGUUGCUGACCGGUUGCUUCUCUAGUUAAACCAACUUCAGUAACAACCGCAGGAUAGCAAUACACAUGAUUAUAAAUGUUCUUCCUUGAGCUGCGUCACCCCGCUGCAGUUCGUAAUGGACUGGUCUGAGGUCUCUGUACAGACAAACGGCUGCUGGAAGAGAGUAGGUGAGUUGUGUUUAGUCUCUUUGCUAAAGAAAUGAGGCAAAGUUAAAAAGAUGUUUGGUGGCUAGUACUAUGGCUGGGACCCUGUAUGUACUAUUGAUGAAGUUAGGUGCUGUUCUGAGCAUUAUUUGUGGCUAUAAAGUGGCUUUUUGUUUGAGGUUUGUUUAUGGCUCCUCAGACCGCUGUGUAUUGCUGUCUUGCGGCCAAUACUUAAGUUGGUAUAACUAGAAAAGCAAGCGGUCGGCAACAUUUAUCUCUCGAGGGGGUGUCUAACUUGGUGUUAUGGUGUGUUUGACCCUAAAUCAAUUUACGCCGGAAUAUCCCUUUAACUACUGGGCAAAGAUAAAUGUUGGCAAGAAUCUGCCCUCACAUGAAUUGGACUUAAAGCUUUUGUUUCAAAUUCUUAGGUUAACAACAGAGGUUGAAACCAAACACUUCACUUUGAGUAAGAGAUGGGAAAGGUUGUUUGAAAAGCAUUGAAAGAAGAUGGUUUUUUAGAGUUUGUAUUGGGCUCAGUGGUGCCCCCCUUGGCCGUAGGAGGAACAACCAUCCACUGAUUCUGCGAUUCCACUGGCUAACCCGUGGGUGUUGUGUUGCUCCAUAUUUUUGAUGAUCAGACUUUAGAUGGGUGUGUUGUUCAUAUAAACUCAUUGUGGACUGUAGUUUUCUGAAAAAUGAACACGAUCACAGCGUGUGGUUCACGUCAGGUCUCUGGGUUAUCAGUGGGUCAGGCCUGCCUUAAAACAUCUUGCACAUUCACACAUGCUGACACCUCUAUGUUCUCUCUUUCAUACACAUGCAGUCACUCAACAGCCUGUUGCAAGCUGGACCACCCACUUCACUACAGUGUUGUCCCUUUCGAGAGGUUCCAUGUUUUGACACGGCAGUCUAUCUUUUUCGAUCCAUAAACAUGUUCAUACAGCACAUAUCCUAACACACACUGAUAACUCUGUGGGUCGGUUUACCCUCCAUGUCCUCUCCUUUCCUCCAAGUCGGUCUCUCUGAAGUUUACCCAGCUGACUCCCUCUGGUCUUUCCAGAACUGUGUGGAAACUCAUUCCUGGCGUCAACACUUCUUAGCCCCACCUUAAUACCGCAUACCGCAAACACACACUGUUCAUUUUGGUGCCUGUACAGUCCACCAGUCCCUUUAUGUAAGUGUGAACACACUCUAGCUUGGCUUACAUGUGGUCAUCCUGUUGUUUUCUGGCAACAGUUUGUUUUCAUUUUACCUUUGCAGAAAUAAUAUGUUCAGUUUAAUAUACAAUGUGUAUGGUGACCCAGCUUCACAGCUAGUUAGUCAGUCACCCUAAAAUGUGAUUCAGCCUCACUGGAAAAUCCUCAGCAUCCCAGUCGCUCCAGUGUGUGUUAUUACAGCACACAUUCCUCCCAGGACAGAAUUAUAUCAGCUGUCGUCUUGUCGUCUCUCCAUCGCAAGUGUGUUUGAAGGGGGAGAAAAGCUGGCACAUAGACACCAACGCGUUAACACACAGACCAGAGCAGAGGGGGAUUUACACAGCAGUGGUGUGGCAGCCUUUUGUAGCCAUCUACUGCAUUUAUUCAGCAUUGUGUGCAUAACUCAGACAGAAAGAUAUCCUGUAGAUGCGAGUCAUAUCCUCUAGCCUACAAAUUGGCUUUAUUGCACCUUUUUGUUUCCUGUAUUACUUUAUCUUUUGAUAUGCCCUUUGCAUUAAUUAUUAAAUUAAUUAACACAUACUGUUAACACACUCAGAGUGUUUGGCAUAGCUAAGAUAGACAGGGACAGACUCACUGGGGCUGGUAUGUGCUCCACUCAGGCAUCUGAGCUCUGUGGCAGACAUUGUUCUUUAGCAGCCCCCUGAUAACUACUUUCUCUAUUGUUAGAGAUGUGCUGACACACACUCACUAAAAAGACAGAUAGACAGAGGGAUGGACAUGUUUUAAUAUCGCUUUCUCUCCUCAGGGGGACUCUGACAUGUUAAGUUUGUAAACUAGAAUACCUAUAUUUGGGGUGCGAGGUGAGCAGGCAAGUCUUACUUUUAUAAAAGUUGGGGCUGAGUCACAGUUUUAGAGGUUAGCAGCAUUAUAAGAACGGGUUUUGUCGUCACAAGUCAAUGAACCAACUCACCUAUAAGCUUCUUUAUAUGUAUAAAAAUAUCAUUUGUUGAUAUUGAGUUGUGUUGUCAAUAAUGGGGUAUAAGAAGGUGAAUUUAAGUGCCACACAAAGCUUCGAAAAGCAGCUUAAAGGUGCUUUAUUUGUGAGUCUUCUUCCUCGUGGAUGUUGCUGUCUCUCCCUCUGAGCUUGACUUUCACUCUAAUGGGAUAAGAGAAGAGGCUCUGUGGAAUUCAGGACAGAUAAGAGUCAUCACACAUGCAUUUGUCAAACACUCUUAUCUUCCGCCUACGUCAACCAGCAACAGUUACGGCGAGCGCAACAAUAUCCUGUUUUUCCUCAAAACUGCUGAGUUGAAGUUUUACCGGCGACCAUUGACACAACAAGUGACAUCCUAGAUUUGAUGUUUUACUCUGCUUUUCCUGUAGAAUUGCCCCUCACUGGCAGAUUUUAUCAGGAGAAAUGGAUGCAACUGAUACAUGUUUAAGUGUAAUACGUUAAUUGUGAAUGUAUUUAGUUUGUCCAACCCUGAUGGGCUAACAGGACUCAGCAGUCUUUUUAAAAUUCACAUAUUAAAACCUACAUAUCAAAACAGACUUGCAGGAAGUCUCUAAAUGGUGUUUCCUUGCCAAAUUGGUAAAAAUGGGUAAAUCAUAUCAUGAAAAUAUUUAUCCUAUUUUUUCUGGUCUUAUGUGUUAUGUUUUAAUUCAUGAUUUAAUUUUUUUGUUUUUAUAAUUUUUUUGGCUUCACUGUUUUUUGAAAGCUUUUUGAAGCAUUUUGAAAAGUGUGGUACAAAUUAAUGUAAAUAUUAUCAGUAAAACCUCUUGGAACACACAGUCCUUUCAAAAUGCACAAUAAGAGGGACAUCUAGUGGAUAUUUGUGGACAUUGCUUACCAGAGAAUUCUCUUUUUACUGACUUUAUACUGACCUUUGUGUAUCAAUGCCUGUUCCUUUGAUCAGAAAAUAAAAAAAUUGAUUAUUUAUUCUGUCUUUGUUUGUUUGAGCUGUUUGUGGCUGUAAGUGUGAAACUCAAAAACAUGUUUUUACAAAAAGUGAAUCAGCAUAUGAGGAAAACAUUGUUUGGUUUGUUUGCAGGGUUUGAGGAUCGUCUUCCACGAUGCAUCCCGCCUGGUGUUUCGGAUGAGCGGGAGCGGUGGAGGGAUGGGGUCCACCAUCCGCAUUUAUGCUGAAAGCUUUGAGAGAGACCCUGAAAGACACAACAGAGAGACACAGGUAUUGCGAGAUUGUGUUUGCACGUGUGUUUGUUUGUGUGUGGCAGAGAUUUUAUUUGUUUGUUUGUUACUUGUCAAUAAAUUCAAUCUGGAUAUCAGAAACUGACAUUUACAUGCUGCCUUUAGUCUCAAUAAAACGGUUGAUAACAAAUCUUUAUUGGCUCAUAACAUGCAGGAGCAGAAGUAAAUGAUUUAUGAUUAGAUAUUGCUCCUUUCAGGUUACAGAUAUUCCACAGAAUACACUGAUUCAAUAUAGUUUACACGAUAAAUACAACAUCUGCACAUUCCCGUCUCUCUAGAGAGCCAUUAGUAUUCCCUAGAAACAUGAGAUUUUGAACUCCCACACAUUACCAUGCAGUAACUUUUGUGCCGGUUAACUUCCAAGGUCCUAUUUGGUGCAUUAAGGCCCCAUCACCUCUAUAAGACUCAGGAUGUCUCUCUCCACCACAAGUUCUCCUGUGUUGUUACCACCCACAGGUCGCCAAUUUCACUUCUUUUUUAUCUUUUCUUUGUACUGAAUUGAACCUCAAGGAGAAAAAACUGUGUGUUUCAGCUGCCGCAGUAGUCAUGGUAACCUAGGGUAAGACAGUACAAUGCCAUGUCAUGAUCAUGAAAUGUUGGCGUGUAAAUGAAGUGUACUUUAACCAUUCUCAGAGAUUGUAAAGGUGAAGUCACCAUGGCCAGACAACCUCAUCUACUGUUUGGCCAGCUAACCGUGCAGUUUUGUCUGACAAACAGUGACUGUUUUUACUUCAUUUAAGAACAAUGUCAUUGACUUUCCAUUCAAAUACCAGCAAGUGAAAAACAAUGAACAAAUUCUGCGGUUUACAGAAUCAGAAAAGUGACAUCAAGUUUCACAGUUAAGGAUAAGUAGUCGGUUUAAUCGUAAAAUUUUUAUGGGAACAAAAACAAAAAAGAGGAAAUCUCUAUAGUCUCAUAGUCCACCCAGAAACACUAAAACACAGCCUUAAAUGUUUCAUGAUAGGUACUGAUCCUCAACUUUACUGUUCACAUCACAUUUCAUGAUCAAUUUAUUUUAGACAAGUAGGAAAAACUGGACAAUAAAGUUGUCUGACGCCUGAUGAAUGAGUUGAAGACAUCCAUACUGAGGCAGUGUGUUGAAUCUUAGUAUCUAAAUUUAGAUUUAGUGAGAUGCUGAGAUUUAGUUUGAGUCUCAGUAUUAAGAUGAAAGUGCUCACAGUGUCUGUAUGUAGUUAUUGAGCUGUUUGGGAGUACUUGUAACACCAAGAAUCUUUUCACAGCUCUGUUUAUCAUUUUUAACUUGUUUAACCCUCCUCCUGUGUUAGGGACUGCACAGACCUGUUUUUGCUGAAAAGAACCUAUUAAAUUCGCUUUUUUGCAUCAAGACUGACUCAAUCAAUGACUUUGUCAGGAACCUCUAUUUCAGCAAAAUAAAAAAAAUAAAUUGACUAAAUUAUAAAAUGCUCUUAUUAAAAUUAUGGCACUUGUUGUGUUAGGGUCGCUGUUGACCCGGUUAGAUCAAUAUCUAAUAAUUAGAGGAAAAACUGAAAGAUUUAGGAAUUUUUGUAAUUCCCAUUUUGUCAUUUUUUUCCCUGCACAAAAAACAACGUCAGGCAUGUGGAGACAUGUAAGAUCAAUUCAGUAUAGAUGUCUGUGUGAGGGGUAUACUGACAAAGAAAGGCCCAGAGGACCACAACAAAUAAUAUAAGUAAUAUUUUCAUGGAUAUUGAAGCCUAACAAGGUAACCUAGAGAUGAGAACCAAAUUAGAUGAUAGAGGAUUGUUUUUAGUGAUUUAAGACACGGGUUGAAACUGACCCUUAACAGGGUGGGUGCGUAGUAGAAGCUAACACAGGAGAAUGGUUAAGUUUUGUAGUAUGAGUUAAAUAAAAGCAAAACUGAGCAAUCGAGAUACUACAUCAUUUGAUUAAAUAGAUUCAAAUUUGUUAUUCUCACAGAAAAGGGUGAUUAAAGUUGCAAAAUAAUACAUAUAAAACACACAAGGCAAUGGUUACAAUCAAUAAACGUAGUUGCUCUUCCUCUUCCCAAACUUACCAUCCUCCCUGUCACAAGCUGAUGACAGAAUCUGUGAAGGUUUUUAAUCUGUUUUAGUGGAUCAGCAGUGAUUUACUAUCCCCAUCAGCUGGUGAAUUGUUAUUAUUAUUCUGUGGUGUGUCUCCCGCUGCAGGUGGUGCUGGGUCCUCUCAUCGCCAUCGCCCUGAAGAUCUCAAACAUCCACGAAAGGACAGGACGCCGUGGUCCCAAUGUUAUCACAUAA